AGUACCAGUUCCCAAUUAGCCCAAAUCUCAAUAGCCUUCUUCAGGAAAAAGAUCCACUGGCACAGGCAGAAAAACAGAGCAUUUUUUUUUUCAUUUCCAACCAAAAAUCCAUGCCCUCUUUCCUCCAUUAACGGUCACUUUUUUUUUUUUUAAAUUCCUUCGUUAAUAUCCAAAAUCAUUAUUAUAUAUCAACCUGCCUGGGAUCUCUCUGAUUCUUCUCUUCCUUUCUUUCCUUUUACUCUUCUUUCACAUUAUGAAAAUUUCACAGCCGACCCAUUCGUUUUGAAGCAUAAAUAUAUUAUAAAAAAAGGGGCCUUGACGUAACCAGCAAAAAUUUCCCAUAAGCAAGCUUCCUGCUCUCGUUGACAUAGCCAUUUAUAUUUGUUUAUGAAAUUGGGUUGUUGAAUCUGAUCUGGGUUUUUGUUAUAGUUAGAGAAGGAAAGAUGUUAACGUGCAUAGCUUGUUCAAAGCAGCUAAACGAUAACAAUGGAUCUGUUGGUCGUCAACAGGAUGAAGAUACUUUGGAAACACCUAGGACUAGGCAAGCCAUUAAGGCUCUCACUUCUCAGAUCAAGGACAUUGCAUUGAAAGCAUCAGGGGCUUAUAAAAACUGCAAGCCUUGCUCUGGUUCAUCAAACCAUAACCGGAACUAUGCCGACUCGGACGCCGCCUCAGACUCGGCACGUUUCCAUUGCCCUUACCGAAGAACAGGAAGCCCCACUCCUCGAAUGUGGGGCAAAGAGAUGGAAUCAAGACUAAAAGCACUUUCCAGUGCAGAAGGUACCCCAACAUCCGUUAGUGGCCGUACAGAAUCAGUGGUGUUUAUGGAGGAAGAUGAGCCUAAGGAGUGGGUUGCUCAAGUGGAGCCCGGUGUUUUAAUCACUUUCGUCUCAUUGCCUGAAGGAGGGAAUGAUCUGAAACGAAUUCGAUUCAGUCGUGAAAUGUUUAAUAAAUGGCAAGCUCAAAGGUGGUGGGCAGAGAACUAUGACAAGGUCAUGGAAUUAUACAAUGUUCAACGCUUCAACCAUCAAGCAGUCCCAGUUUCAACCCCCCCCAGAUCUGAAGAUGAAGGCUCAAGAAUUGAAUCAGCUAAGAAUAGUCCUGCGACUCCACCACUGAACAAAGAGCAGCCACGCAACUUUGUGCGACCAACAGGAAUGGGGUACUCUUCAUCAGAUUCCCUAGACCAUCAACCCAUUCAAUCCCGUCAAUACUAUGACUCAGCUGCACUUGCUUCAACACCAAAACUCUCCAGUAUUAGUGGAGCCAAGACUGAGACAUCAUCUAUAGAUGGCUCUGCAAGGAGUAGUUCAUCAAGAGAAGCAGAUCGUUCUGGAGAGCUCUCUAUCAGUAAUGCCAGUGACAUGGAAACUGAAUGGGUUGAGCAGGAUGAACCAGGGGUUUACCUCACUAUUAGAGCAGUUCCAGGUGGCUCCCGGGAGCUUAGACGUGUCCGGUUCAGCCGAGAAAGGUUUGGAGAAAUGCAGGCAAGGAUGUGGUGGGAUGAAAAUCGAGCCAGGAUACAGCAACACUACUUAUCGUGAGAUUUAGCAAAUCAAUGGGAUGGUGGCAAUUUGUCUCCUUUUAUGUUGGUACUGUUUUAGACUAUUCUGUGUGCUUUGGGCACAACUAAUCACAAAAGCUUGUCUUUUUACAUGUAUCAACUCUGCUUAGUGUGAGAUUUAACAGCAAAUCAGUGGGAUAGUGGCAAUUUGUCUCCCAUGGUGUUUAGCAAAUCAAUAA